AUGGAGAAAGCAUCGUCCGGCGCCGCUGCCCAGCUGUGGCUGCUCCUGCUGUUGCCCUUGAUGGGAGAAGCCCCUCUAGGCCUCUACUUCUCUAGAGAUGUUUACUGGGAGCAGCUAUAUGUGGACCAGCCAGCUGGCAUGCCCCUGCUCUACAUCCAAGCCCUUCUGGACACACCCAGUGAGGUGCCCAGCUACCACCUGGGCCAACAUCUCUAUGGGGCCUACCACAAGCAGCUGCAUGAGAAUGACUGGAUUGGGAUCCAGGAGAACACUGGCCUUCUGUACCUCAUCCAGAGCCUGGAUCACAGCUCCUGGGAGAAACUCCGCAUCCAAAAUGGCGGCUUCCCUCUGUUGACAGUCUUCCUCCAGAUCUUUCUGUCAUCCCUACCCAUGCAUGAGGAUGGAUGCCAGUGGCCCACCUGUGCCCGUGUGUACUUCUCCUUCAUCAAUGCCUCCUUCCCGCCUUGUAGUUCCCUCACAGCCCAGGAGCUAUGCUUCCCAGAGACAGGCCUCUCCUUCCGCAUCCGGGAGAACAGGCCUUCUGGAACUUUUCACCACUUCUGCCGUCUGCCUGUCCAGUACCUCUGCCCCAACAUCAGCGUGUCCUACAGGCUCCUGGAAGGUGAGAACUUGCCCUUCCAGUGCACAAUGGACAGCAUGGAGUUGAGCGUGCGCUGGAGCCUGGACCGUGAGCAGCAGGAGAAGUAUGAGCUGCUGGCUGAGUGCAUGGUGCACUCAGGCGCACAUAAGGAGGUGGUCAGGGUGCACUUUCCUGUGACCAUCUAUGAUGAGGAUGACUCACCGCCCACCUUGCCUGCGGGUGUGGAUUCCACCAGUGCAGUGGUAGAAUUCAAGCGGAAAGAGGGUACUGUGCUAGCAACCCUGUGUGUGUUUGAUGCCGAUGUUGUGCCAGCAUCCAGGGAGCUGGUGAGGCAGUACACAAGCCUUCUGCUCACCAGGGACCCCUGGGCUCAGCAGACCUUCCGUGUGGAACACUCACCCAACCAGACGUUGGUCCAAACCAACAACAGCUCAGUGAGGGCAACCCUACACUACUACAAGCUAGUUCUCCAGCGGACCCUCCCCCUCUCAGAGAGCCGAGUCUUAUCAUUGGCUGUGCUUAUCAAUGACUCUGACUUCCAGGGCCCCAGAUCAGGGGUUGUCAUCCUCCACUUCAAUGUCUCUGUGCUGUCUGUCAGCCUGUACCUGCCCAGGACCUACUCCUUUUCCCUGAGCAGGAGGGCUCAUCGUUAUGCUCAGAUUGGGAAAGUGUGUGUGGAACAUUGUCAGGAGUUCAGUGGAAUCCAAUUGCAGUACAAGCUUCAGGCCUCCAACACCAGCUGCAGAGCCCUGGGUGUGAUCACCUCCUCAAAGGACAUCUCAGGGACGCUGUUCGUGAAUGACACUGAGGUGCUACAGCAGCCCGAAUGUGGGGAACUCCACUACACCUACACUGUGGUGGCCACUGACCGCCACACCCGCAGGCAAGCGCAGGCCUCACUCGUCGUUGCUGUACAGGAGACAUAUGUAGCUGAGGAGAUUGGCUGUCCCCUGUCCUGUGCGGUCAGCAAGCGGCAAUCUGAGUGUGAGGACUGUGGCGGCCUUGGUUCUCCAACGGGCAGAUGCAAGUGGAGGCAGGGAGAUGGGAAUGGGAUCACCAGGAAUUUCUCUACCUGCUCCCCCAGCACCAGCACCUGCCCUGACAACCACUGUGAUGCCGUGGAGAUCCGGGACAUCAACAUCUGCCCUCAGGACUGUCUCCGAGGCAGCAUUGUUGGGGGGCAUGAGCCAGGUGAGAGACGAGGGAUUAAAGCUGGCUAUGGCAUCUGCAACUGCUUCCCAGAAGAGAAAAAAUGCUUCUGUGAGCCUGAGGAACACCAAGGCCCACUGUGUGAUGAGCUGUGCUGCAUGGUGAUCACCACCACCGUCCUGUUCUCCUUCAUCGUCUCCAUCCUGCUGUCCACCUUCUGCAUCCAAUGCUACCACAAGCACGCCCACAAACCACCCAUCGCCUCAGCCGAGAUGACCUUUUUCAGGCCCACCCAGACCUUCUCCAUCAGCUACUCUGCAUCUGGUGCCCACCAGCCCUCACUGGACUCCAUGGCGAACCAGGUGUCUAUGGACACCUUCAAGAUCCCGGAAGAUCCAAAGUGGGAGUUUCCUCGGGAGAACUUAGUUCUUGGGAAGGCUCUGGGAGAAGGCGAGUUUGGAAAAGUGGUUAAGGCAACCGCCUUCCACCUGAAGGGCAGAGUGGGGUACACCACAGUGGCUGUGAAGAUGCUCAAAGAGAAUGCAUCCCCCAGUGAGCUGAGGGACUUGAUGUCUGAAUUCAACCUCCUGAAGCAAGUUAACCACCCUCAUGUCAUCAAGCUAUUUGGAGCCUGCAGUCAGGAUGGGCCACUUCUCCUCAUUGUGGAGUAUGCCAAGUAUGGCUCCCUGCGGAGUUUCCUGCGGGACAGUCGCAAUGAGUGGGCACUGACGAUGGGCAACCUCAUUUCCUUCGCCUGGCAGAUCUCCAGGGGAAUGCAGUACCUGGCAGAAAUGAAGCUCAUCCAUCGGGACUUAGCAGCCAGGAACAUCCUGGUGGCUGAGGGAAGGAAGAUGAAGAUUUCUGAUUUUGGUCUAUCCCGAGAUGUUUAUGAAGCAGAUACCUAUGUAAAGAGAAGCAAGGGCCGGAUUCCUGUCAAAUGGAUGGCAAUUGAGUCCCUUUUUAAUGACAUCUAUACCACCCAAAGUGAUGUAUGGUCCUUCGGGGUUCUGCUGUGGGAAAUUGUGACACUGGGGGGCAACCCCUAUCCUGGGAUUCCUCCUGAGCGGCUCUUCAACCUUCUCAAGACUGGCCACCGACUGGAAAGGCCCUACAACUGCAGUGAGGAAAUGUAUUCUCUGAUGCUGCAGUGCUGGAAGCAGGAACCAGACAGUAGGCCAGUCUUUGCUGACAUCAGCAAAGACCUGGAGAAGAUGAUGGUGAAGAGCAGAGAUUACUUGGAUCUGGCUGGCUGUAUACCUUAUGACUCACUGCUUGAGGAUGAUGGCCUUUCAGAGGAGGAGACACCCUUGGUAGAUUGUAAUCAUGUCCCACUCCCAUGUACCCUUCCCUCCACAUGGAUUGUAAACGAACUCUAUGGUAGAGUCCAUGCAUUUACAAGAUUCUAG